CCCCACCAUGUGUAGCUCCCUGGGCCAGCUCUGCUCACCAUGCGGACGCUGCUGAGAUGGUGCCUGUUCUUGUCUCUGUGCGUCUCUUGUGCCUGUGCCUUCAUGUUUUCUUCGAUGAGGGAGAAAACCAAGGAAAGCCCAGGGAAGGUGCCUUGCGGCGGACACUUCCGGAUUAGACAGAAUCUUCCAGAGAAUGCCCAAGGCUGGCUUGGGAACAAAUGGCUCUGGCUUUUUGUUGCCAUUAUGAUAUAUGUGAUGCUGAAGUUUCGAGGAGAUGGCGAGAAUAAGGAGCAGCAUCCUCCUGGCCUCCGAGGCUGCCAGCUCCGCUCUCCACCAAAGAAAGCUCAAAAUAUUUCCCCCAGCAAAGACUUCACUUUCAAUACUUUAACCCAGCUCGAGAUGGAAUUGGUGAAAUUUGUGUCCAAGGUGCGGAACCUUAAGGUCUCCAUGGCAACUAACAGUAACUCCAGGCAGCAGGUUCCAGAGAGCCCCACGAACCUGUACAAUAAUGUCACAAUAUAUGAGAUAUGGGGGGAGGAGGACUCUGAGUGAAGAGGUUUAUAGUAAAGUAUAAGAAAAGACAAGUAUUGACAGACAGUAUCCGAACUAAUAAAGACUAUUCUGAAGAAGAAAGAGUCCCCCACGUGAG